CACAACAACACCCAGCUCUCCACUCCCUCACCGCUGUCCAAGACUCCCACCCCACACCCACAUGCCCCUCGCGCACGACAAAAGAACAUGAAUUAAGUCCCUUCACCAACAAUGUCCUUUUCCUACGACCGCUACGACCGUCGCCAAUCGUCGAAUCGCCGCACCACUUUCGGCUACUGGGUCCCCCUAGUCCUCACUGUCACCGUCGCAACCGCCGGUUUUGCGGCGUGGGUAUGGAGCGAGCGACGCGACGACGACGAUUCCUCCGACGAUGCUGAUUUGAGCUAUGGCGAGGACGCAGACGGAAAGCGCCCGGCGGGGGCGCGCGACACGCAGUCGGAGGGGGCUACCCACGAGGAGAGCCUCAUGGCGCGCGUUCACGGCGUUGUGCGGCGGACCCCCAGUCCCCAGCAGCUGUUUGAUACUGUCAGUAAGAAGACCGCCGCAGGAGUCGCCGCCGCGGGUGCUGCUGUAGGAGGCGUGCUGGCCUCGAUCCGCGAGGAGGACAAGGAUGAUUUCGGCGACCACAGCAGAUGGUCCGAGGAAGCUGCCCUUCGGCGCAAUGUCGCAGCGCAGUCGUCCCAGAGCGCUUCUGCGGCAGAUGCGCAAUCAAGGUCCUUCGCCGCUUCGGUGCGAGGUGGACCGCAGGCUGGCGUGAGGAGGAAGACUGUGGCGAUCGUUGUGUCCGCCGAGUCUACAAUGGACAAUCCUCACGACGACGACGGCUCCUACCGCUCAGAAAACGCCACAAUCCUCUCGCACCUCCCUGAUACCGACUUCAACAAAACCAGACUGUUCGUUCUCAUCUAUUCGCCCUCUCUGCGAUCGCGGCCAAACUCACGGACCGGCGCUGCUUCCCUUGGGUCCUCUUACUCAGCCAUUUCCACCCCCGCCCACACGCCGGGCGAGGAACUUACCUCCAUGGCUCCGCAUCCCGAAGACACCAUCUACACCCCGGCCAUGUCAGCGCGAAGCUCAGACAACCAUCUCUGGAACACUCUUCACGCGCAGGCGCUUAGGCUUGUGGAGAAUCCAGCCAUGGUUAUGCCGUUCACAACUCUCACCGGCCACAUCCAUAUGCUGAAGCACCUUGGUCCCGAUCUUGUAUAUAUGGUAGAUGCACUCAGCGGGAUGAACGGUGCUAAUGUCGAAGACAUCAAGCGCUGGGUUGGGCAGACCAUCGUGGUUGUCGGCAGCGACGGCACGGGCCUUGGAGGGUUGGUUGAUACUGAUGAUGAGGGCCCAGCCUCGAAGCCGAAAUCCGAGCACGAUCACGGCCACGGCAGCAGAUGGUGGGAGAGUGCAGACAUGGUCGGCUUGGGUAAGGGCGUAGAGGUAGUAGAUGCAGUCCGACUCGCCGACGAUUUUGAAAGGAGGGCUGUAGGCAGGGAUUAAUGGAUUAUUGCUUGGAUUUCAACAGGCGAUACGUCGCUUUCUACGAGUACUUGGAUAUUUUGUCAGUAUGUUUGUAACGAAAUAUG